UAUAAAGGUGCCAGACACCAUGGUCCAGCCUGCACAGAGCAGUUUCAGCCUCCCAGCAGAGGGAUCCUCCCCAAAGAUCUCCCACCUCUCCUUCCUAAGCCUCCUGCUUGGAGCUGAUCUCUGCCCAGCGAGCGGCUCUGCAGCUUCCCAGCGCUCAGCGAGCAGCUUUCUGGAGAAUGUCCUGGAGUGACAUCUUCUACCCGGACAACCCCCGGCGGCGGGAGCGGGUGACACGGUUGCACCAGGAGCUGAUCAACUGCAUGGAGCUCAAUUUUGAUGCCACUAAUGACCUGAUUGGAGCCCUCAACACCCACUGUCAGUGCAAGCUGCACCCCAUCCACAUACAGGAGAAAGGCACCCUCCAGGACAACUGCAACGUGCUCCUGGCAGCCAUAAAGGCCGUGCAGGGUGAGCUGCAGGACAUUGACGAACAGCUGAAGAGAAAACUGGAGCCCCACCUCUACCGAAAGCUCCAUGAUUUCCAGGAGCCAGAAAGCAAGAAGAUGCAGAUUCUGCGCUCUGUGACCACCGUAGUUGCUGGACUCACUGGCACCGUGGCUAUGGGGAUCUUCGUUAAACUGGCCUUGUCGGAGGUGGGAACCAUCAUCCUGUCCAGACUUAUGACAGUCGUGGUGAAGAUCGGUGUCUCCGUGGGCGGCGCCGUAGCUGGCAUCCUUCUGGGCGCGGGUGUCGACAUGAUUGUCAGCGCCAUCCUGGGCGCUGUAGAAAGAAGCCAGCUAGAGGAGGCGAUUGAGGAACUCGAGGGGAUCGUGAAGGAGUUCAAGCCGGCCUCCAAGGAGUACAGCAAAACCAUCAUGAGGGUCAUGCUCAUGCUGUCAUGACAGGCCACACUGCACGUCACUACUUCGGGAACUAAGGCCGUGGGGCCAGCUCCUGCCUUAACACAGCCCCCUGAAAGGCAGCACAAUAAAUGAUUUCUAGCU